CGGCCGUGGUGGCGGCGGCCGCGGCGUCUUCGGCGGCGCCCAGUGCAGGAUGGUGCUGGAGGCGGCGGUGGCGGCCGUGGUGGCGGCGUCGUUGGCGGUAGCGGGAGGGGGUGCGGCGGCGGCGGCGAUAGCGGCGGAGCCCGCGGGUGAUAUAAAAUGGCGGAUUUCGAGGAGUUGAGGAACAUGGUUUCUAGUUUUAGGGUUUCUGAACUACAAGUGUUACUGGGCUUUGCUGGAAGGAAUAAAAGUGGACGCAAGCAUGACCUCCUGAUGAGGGCACUGCAUUUGUUGAAGAGUGGCUGCAGCCCUGCUGUUCAGAUUAAAAUCCGAGAAUUGUAUCGCCGCCGAUAUCCACGGACUUUAGAAGGACUUACUGACUUAUCCACCAUCAAAUCCUCAGUUUUCAGUUUGGAUGGUAGCUCCUCACCUGUGGAACCUGACUUGGCUGUGGCCGGAAUCCACGCUUUGCCUUCUACUUCAGUUGCUUCUCACGCACCGUCCUCUCCAGUUGGUUCUGUCUUGAUGCCAGAUACGAAGCCUGCAUUUGAGAUGCAGCAGCCAUCUCCCCCAAUUCCUCCUGUCCAUCCUGAUGUGCAGUUAAAAAACCUGCCCUUUUAUGAUGUCCUUGAUGUUCUUAUCAAGCCCACAAGUUUAGUUCAAAGCAGUAUUCAACGAUUUCAAGAGAAGUUUUUUAUUUUUGCAUUGACACCUCAACAAGUUAGAGAGAUAUGCAUAUCCAGAGAUUUUUUGCCAGGUGGCAGGAGAGAUUAUACAGUCCAAGUUCAAUUGCGGCUUUGCCUUGCAGAGACAAGUUGUCCUCAAGAAGAUAACUAUCCUAAUAGUCUGUGUAUAAAAGUUAAUGGAAAGCUGUUUCCUUUGCCUGGUUAUGCACCACCACCUAAAAAUGGAAUUGAACAGAAGCGCCCUGGGCGUCCCUUGAAUAUCACAUCUUUAGUUAGGUUAUCCUCAGCCGUGCCAAACCAGAUUUCCAUCUCUUGGGCAUCUGAGAUUGGAAAGAAUUACUCCAUGUCUGUAUAUCUUGUACGACAGCUCACUUCAGCUAUGUUAUUACAGAGAUUAAAAAUGAAAGGUAUUAGAAACCCUGAUCAUUCCAGAGCACUAAUUAAAGAAAAACUUACAGCAGAUCCUGAUAGUGAAAUUGCUACGACUAGCCUUCGGGUAUCCUUAAUGUGCCCUUUAGGGAAAAUGAGGCUGACAAUCCCAUGCCGUGCAGUGACCUGUACCCAUCUGCAGUGUUUUGAUGCUGCCCUUUAUCUACAAAUGAAUGAGAAGAAGCCCACUUGGAUUUGUCCUGUGUGUGACAAGAAAGCUGCCUAUGAAAGUCUAAUAUUAGAUGGGCUGUUUAUGGAAAUUCUCAAUGAUUGUUCUGAUGUGGAUGAGAUUAAAUUCCAAGAAGAUGGUUCCUGGUGUCCAAUGAGACCGAAGAAGGAAGCUAUGAAAGUAUCCAGCCAACCAUGUACAAAGAUAGAAAGUUCAAGUGUCCUCAGUAAGCCUUGUUCAGUAACUGUAGCCAGUGAGGCAAGCAAGAAGAAAGUGGAUGUUAUUGACCUAACAAUAGAAAGUUCUUCUGAUGAAGAUGAAGACCCUCCUGCCAAAAGGAAAUGCAUUUUUAUGUCAGAAACACAAAGCAGCCCAACCAAAGGGGUUCUCAUGUAUCAGCCACCUGUAAGGGUGCCCAGUGUGACUUCGGUUGAUCCUGCUGCUAUUCCGCCUUCAUUAACAGACUACUCAGUACCAUUCCACCACACGCCAAUGUCAAGCAUGACAUCAGAUUUGCCAGGAGAACAAAGAAGAAAUGAUAUUAAUAAUGAACUGCAGCUUGGAGCAUCUUCUGAUUCUGUGCAACAAUGAAUGAUGCAAAAUAAAACAAAUAAUUUGUAUUUAUGGAAUGGAAAACAGCUUGAUUAUUUCAAGAAAAAAUAUGACUGCCUUAUUAUUGCUAGUGCCAUAUUGUCAGGUGCGAAUGGUGCUCAAAAGUUGUAUCAUUAAAAUUUGAAAGUGCUAAACAUUUACAUAUUUAAUCAUGUAGUAGUCCUGUUUUGUUUAAAGUUUAUGACCUGGGUAAGGAAAAUGUAUUAUCAUCCAUGAGGAAGAAAGCUAAUAAAUCAGUUUCCAGAGAUGAAGCACUUCAAAACUCAAAAGCAAUUAGUGUGUAUCAUCCAAAAUUUUAAUAGCAUUUACUUUUUAGGUAAAGUGAGCAUUUUCAACCAUAAGAUGCUUGGAGAGCAUAUAACAUAUCAAUAUGACUUUUGUCACAACUGAAACUUGGUGAAAUAAGGAAAUAAUAUUUUGCUAUCACUUUAAUGAGGCGGUAAAAUUUUAAUCACUAUUGAUUAAACUUUCAUAUAAAAGUUAAUGUUAAAAUUUAAAAAUGUAGGACUUUGUUAGUGUAGCUCUUAUUAGAAGGAAUAACAGCUGAAAAUAAGAAACUUCACUGGUAGUAUUUCAGAAACAGUUAUUUUAAUCAAAUAUUUACACUAAAACCUAAUGGAUUUUGUGUAGAUAGCACUUGUGUUAUAGUAUCUGUGUUAUUGGAGAACAAUCUAAAAGUUGUGAUUGAAAUUUAGAAAUUCAUUAUAGCAUUGUAUAAGUCACCAUAUCCUUGUUGUCCAUGGCUGAGUCAUGUAGGAAUUCAGAUCAAGUCAAUCUCUUAAUUCCUUUCUUAAUAGACUUUCUGUUCACUACACUCGUGAAAACAUCAGUGAAAACUGCAUUAUUUUUGAAAACAUGGACAUUGAAAUCAGAUAAGAGUUUGUGAUCUUAAUAUACAUCCUCCAGUGAUAGACAAAAAACAGUUUGAAUUACAAGCCUGUGUAUUUAUAUAAAGUGAAAUUAUGACAUGGGGUAGUUGAACAUUAAGAAAAUGAGCAUUUUUUGGUGAUUUGACUUUAAUUUACAGUAUUCUAGCAGUUAUUUCUCCAUAAAGUAAGCUAUGAGUUAUUAAAGUUUAAGUUUCUGGGUUAAUAAAUAUUGAAGACAACUGAACAUAAAAUUUUGACUAUAAAAAAUGUUAUUUACAGCUAAAUAAAAUUAAAGCAAUCAUAUAAAUAAUAUUCUAGUAGGAUUUUUAUCAUAGUCCAUAAUAAAGAUGCUGAAUGUAUAAAACAAACUGUCAAAAUUUGGGAAACAAUUACUGAAAUACCAUUCAGCCAAAAAAAAAAAAAGGAUUUUCUGAAAAAAAAAAUGAAAAAUUUGAAGAGAGUAGCUCUCUACAUACUGAGCUCUGUCACUUAGUGAUGAUUGAUUUAAUGGGAUUGUCCUUGGAAGAUUUUGUGGUAAUUCUGUUUUCCAUUGUUGGCUUAAACUGCUGUAUCAUCAAACUAGUGACAUAGGUCUAAAAUAAGAAAUUGACAGUUUAACAUGCUUCAGAUAUUAUUUGACUUUGUUUCUCAUGGUUGGUGCUGCACCUUAUAUUUGUAAUACUUACAGAUUGUAACAGAAUAAGUAUACUUCAUAGUUUUUGAGUUAAGAUUGUUCAUACAGGAUACUAAAUAUUUUAGAAGUCAUUUCCUCUGAUAACACUGUGUUUUGAGUCACAACAUCAAAUGUGCACUCUAUGUGGCUGUUACAUUUGGGGGUGAUAUUGAAUGCCAUCCUAUAAAACUGAUGGGUUGAAUAGAAAUUAGCCGCUCUUAAUGACUUACCCCUCAUAUUUGAUUUUUAAUGUUUUGAAACAAUUGAGUGUGUAGAUACAUAGGGAAGUCUGACGGAACUGCCUUUGAUGUUUAUUGCUUUAAUCUUGAAGUUUUAGUAUUAUUUGAGAGUGAUAUUAUUGGGCAGUGUUUUUAGCAUUCCUAUUUCUAAACCAUAGUUGGAAAAUUCUUUGACUUAGAAAACUGUUUUAGCUUAGAACGCAGUACCCAUUGAUACACUUGGGCUUGUUAGUGAGCAGCUCUUCCAGCCACUUGAUUUGUACAGAGUAUCAAACUGUCUACUUAAUGUGGGAACAGAGGGGCAGUGACUGUCAGUGAAGUAGACAUCUGUUUAAAUUGAUAUUUUAGGUCUACCUUAAUGUGAUCCUUUUAAAAAAUAAAUAAAUAAAAAGUAUGUCAUGAGCAUUAGUAUGCUUUAGAGAGAGCGAGAAAGAACACAUAUGAUCAUUGUCUAAUCAUUUAUUGCCUCUCAUCCUGUUAAGUGGUAAAAGAGGAGACACCUGUUUUACCAGUCUCUUGCUCUUUGGACUGCUGCCUCUUGAGUUGCGGAAAGGUUUUCCUUAAUUGUCUUACAAAAUUUGGGUUCAGUUUUGGGUUUCAUGCACAUUAACUAUCCCUGGUUAUAAUAUAGAACCUUCGUAUGGCACAGUGGGAAGGAAUAACCAGAGUUUUGUGACUUACAAGAAAUACAGAAUGAAUUGGGGAAAUAAUUCUAGUCUCCAAAAUAUGAGACAACUAUUAACAAAGCAUUUUUGUUUUAGGUUUGGAUUUUCUUUCCCUUAUUCCAGUUGAUCCCCAGGUAUGUAUCCUGAAUUUAAGCAACUAAUUUGUAUUUGAUUGUUGGUUAUGUCAUACUAACUAAAAAUGACCAGUUGCAUAAAAUCAGGACAGACAACACUUCAUUACUUAACACUAAUGAAAAAUAUGUACUGUGUAACUAUCCAAACUUACAUUAGGAAAAAUAAAGUUGCUGUUUUUUGGUUCUUUAAAUUUUAUACCUACAUUUUUAAUUUAUCAAACUCAGUCAAGUGGCAUUUCUUGGAAGUGUCUGAGUAUUGAGAAUAAGUGUAGUGUUGAUCUGGAGGUUAAAAUUGUACAAGUCAAAUAUUUGGUUGCAUGUAAUCAUUAUAUACAUGGAAAGUAAUAGAUAUUGCUGAUUAAACAGACUUGAUUCAUUAGCUUAGUUCUCCAUUUUGUAGGACAGUCAAAUUUAGACUUUGGGGUGCCCCAGUUAAAAGUUGCUGUAUCCCAGUCAUACCUGUUGUCUCUAUCAAAGAUAAGAAACUCUGGGUUCCUAGGGUUCUGGCCUGAAAGACCAGUGAGCAUGGGAUUCCCUGACAGGUUUAGAGCAUAGGCCAAGCAGAGUUGGGAGAGACAUCAGAAAAGAAAAAGGAAAAUGUGAAUCAGUUGGAAAAAGGUACAAAUAGCUGAUGUUAAAUGUAGGAAGGGAUAGAGGAAGAAUUGUCAGCCACUGCCUCCAGGGUUGCUGGGAUCAGCCUCCUGUUCUAGGCUCUGCACCUAAUCAGACAGACCUGGAAAUCUGAGACAAGACGAUAUGCAGUAGGCUUUGGCAGCAUUAAUAGGUGUUAACUUCUGUAGUCAAAGGCACCUGUUUUUCUAAGAAA